GAGAGCUCGCCAGUCGCCGCCGCGGCCGCCUCGGAAUCAGCACUUGUGAGGCCGCGGGAGCGGGUCUGGGCCCGACCCCUGAAGGCGCGGCUGCGGUUCCGGCCCCGCUCCCCGCACCUGGAGUGGGACCCGGAGAGGCGGGGCGGGGCUGCAGCCCGGCCGAGUGCCGGUGCAGCUCGCCGAAGCCGCCCGCUGCGAGCGAGGCGAGGGGGAGGGUCUCGAGGCCGAGUCCGCUGCUCGGGGGAGAGACCCCAGCGGGGGUGGAACCGGCCCCCGAGAGGCGCCCAGGCGCGCGGCGCGGGCAUGGAACGGGCGGGCCCCCGCUCCGCGCGGCCGCGGGACCACAGCUCGGUGGAAGCGUGGCUGGACGACCACUGGGACUUCACCUUCUCUUACUUUGUUAGGAAAGCCACCAGAGAGAUGGUCAACGCGUGGUUUGCUGAGCGAGUGCACACCUUCGCCGCCUGCAAGGACGACGCCCGAGGCCGCGCCGAGUCCUGCCCUCGUCCCACCCGUCCCACGCAGCAGCCCUGCGCCCGCGCGGAGAGCAGCACCCCAGCCGCGCCCGCCAGGAAAAUCUCCGCCUCCGAGUUCGACCGGCCCCUGAGGCCCAUCGUGGUCAAGGACUCCGAGGGGACCCUGCGCUUCCUCUCGGACUCGGGGAAGAAGGAGCAGAUGCCACCAACCCCCCCUCGGGUUGAUGGGGACGACCAGGACCAGUGCUCACGACUCCUGGAGCUAGUGAAAGACAUUUCCAGCCACCUGGAUGUCACGGCCCUGUGCCACAAAAUAUUCCUGCACAUCCACCAGCUCAUCUCCGCGGACCGCUACUCGCUGUUCCUCGUGUGCGAGGACAGCUCCAACGACAAGUUCCUGGUCAGCCGCCUCUUCGACGUGGCCGAGGGGUCCACCCUGGAGCAGGCGUCCAACAGCUGCAUCCGCCUGCAGUGGAACACGGGCAUCGUGGGCCACGUGGCCGCGCGCGGGGAGCCCCUGAACAUCAAAGACGCCUACGAGGAUCCUCGAUUCAAUGCAGAAGUUGACCGAAUUACCGGCUACAGGACACAAAGUAUCCUCUGCAUGCCAAUUAAGAAUCACAGGGAAGAGGUUGUCGGCGUGGCCCAGGCCAUCAACAAGAAGUCGGGAAAUGGCGGGACAUUCACGGAAAAGGAUGAGAAGGACUUCGCUGCUUACUUGGCCUUCUGUGGGAUUGUCCUUCAUAACGCCCAGCUCUACGAGACUUCGCUGCUGGAGAACAGGAGAAACCAGGUGCUGCUGGACCUUGCCAGCCUGAUCUUCGAAGAACAGCAGUCCUUGGAAGUGAUCCUGAAGAAGAUGGCCGCCACCAUCAUCUCCUUCAUGCAGGUGCAGACCUGCACCAUCUUCAUGGUGGACGCCGACGGCCCCGACGCCUUCUCCAGCGUGUUCCACAUGGAGUGUGAGGAGCUGGAGAUGCCGGCCGGCGCAGGAGCCAGGGAGCGGGAUGCAAGCAGGAUCAACUACAUGUACGCCCAGUAUGUCAAGAACACCAUGGAGGUUCUCAACAUCGCGGACGUCACCACGGACCGGCGGUUCCCCUGGACGAAUGAAAACACGGGGAACACAGGCCAGCAGGGCAUCAGAAGUCUGCUUUGUAUGCCUAUAAAAAACGGGAAGAAGAAUAAAGUGAUAGGGGUUUGCCAACUCGUCAAUAAGAUGGAGGAGAACACGGGCAAGGUCAAGCCUUUCAACCGGAACGACGAACAGUUUCUGGAAGCUUUCGUGAUCUUCUGCGGCCUGGGCAUCCAGAACACACAGAUGUACGAAGCCGUGGAGAGAGCCAUGGCCAAGCAGAUGGUCACGUUGGAGGUCCUGUCCUACCACGCCUCGGCGGCCGAGGAGGAGACCAGGGAGCUGCAGUCCUUGGCGGCUGCCGUGGUGCCCUCCGCCCAGACCUUGAAAAUCACCGACUUCGGCUUCAGCGACUUCGAGCUGUCCGACCUGGAGACGGCGCUGUGCACCAUCCGGAUGUUCACCGACCUCGGCCUCGUGCAGAGCUUCCAGAUGAAGCACGAGGUCCUCUGCAGGUGGAUCUUAAGUGUCAAGAAGAACUACCGGAAGAACGUGGCCUACCACAACUGGAGACACGCCUUCAACACGGCGCAGUGCAUGUUUGCCGCCCUGAAAGCAGGCAAAAUCCAGAGCAAGCUGUCUGACCUGGAGGUGCUCGCCCUGCUGAUCGCCGCGCUGAGCCACGACCUGGACCACCGCGGCGUGAACAACUCCUACAUCCAGAGGAGCGAGCACCCGCUGGCCCAGCUGUACUGCCACUCGACCAUGGAGCACCACCACUUCGACCAGUGCCUGAUGGUCCUCAACAGCCCGGGCAACCAGAUCCUGGGCGGCCUGUCCAUCGAGGAGUACAAAACCGCGCUGAGGAUCAUCAAGCAGGCGAUUCUGGCCACAGACCUGGCGCUGUACAUUAAGAGGCGAGGAGAAUUUUUUGAACUUAUAAGAAAAAACCAGCUCAGUCUUGACGACCCUCACCAAAAGGAGCUGUUUCUGGCGAUGCUGAUGACCGCGUGCGACCUCUCCGCCAUCACGAAGCCUUGGCCCAUCCAGCAGCGGAUAGCCGAGCUGGUGGCGGCCGAGUUUUUUGACCAAGGAGACAAAGAGAGGAAGGAACUCAACAUCGAGCCCGACGACCUCAUGAACAGGGAGAAGAAGAACAAAAUCCCGAGUCUGCAGGUCGGCUUCAUCGAUGCCAUCUGCCUGCAGCUGUACGAGGCCCUGACCCACGUGUCCCAGGACUGCUUCCCCCUGCUGGACGGCUGCAGGAAGAACAGGCAGAAGUGGCAGGCCCUCGCAGAGCAGCAGGAGAAGACCCGGGGGAACGGCGCCGGCGGCCAGGCCCCGCGGAGCUGACGCCCGCGGGCGCACGCCCUGCCCACUGGGCACUGCGAGGCCGGGUGGGCCCCUUCCGGCACUGCAUGGGUGUGUUUGCACAGCUUUUGAGAGCACAGCGGGGACCACUGGUCUUUGGCCGGUUCCUGGCCUCCGUGUCCGUGUUUGGCGCCGCUGGGCGGAGGACCCACUGGGGCCCGCUGUCAGCACGGGCUGGGCGCUGCGGGUAUCUGCGCUCUGCAAGUGGGAGCUGCAUUCUGGCCCUCGCGUUCCCUGGUUUUACUUGGGAAUUUUCCAUGAGUUUUGUGGUUUCGGAAUUGUCAAUCUUUCAAAAAUGUUUCAACUCUUUUCUUUAAAAUAGGGUAGGAGAAAAUUGAAUAUAUUCUGGGACAUGUGAAGCCUUCGUAGGCAGAGAAAACCUGUGGGCUGAGAGGAUUUUAAGGGGAAGGGGGCAUGUCUGUCAACAAUGUAUUAUGUUAACAAAAAAGUUAAAACUCGAAACAAACGGGAAGUACUAUAAGGCAGUACUGUAAAGCAAAGGUAUUACACUGAUCAUCGCCGAUUUAUCGAGGGGCAGGUGUAACCCAGAGACCUCGGUGGCUCUGCUCCUGUUUUGCACAGUUUCCUCAUGUGCAAAAGUUGACGUGCGUUCCUGCACCCAGGCCGUCUGGGUCGGGGAAGCAGAGGAGGCGGCAGGCGGCUGCUUCCGGAAAGGGAGCCUGCCCCAGAUGCGUGGAAGUGUCGGGCCUGAGCAGGGAGACGGGCAUUUGCUUGAUUUGUUUACCUCCCCCCCCACCCAAAAAUUCCCCCUCUGUCCCGGGCUCGGACAGCUCUGGGGGAUGGGGAAAUGCAGCACCGUCACGGCCGCCACUGAAACACAUUUCCAUUUGUAUCAUUUUUUCUAAACCUCCUAGAGUCCAGCAUGCUCCUUGAGUCUUUAAGAUUCUGGGUGAGUGUGUGUCUCUUAAGAUACUGUGUCUUUAUUCUUACCAUUCAGGUGGGGAAAAAAAGGCCAAACAAACCGUGGCCCUCACUCUGCGGUGAGAGAGGCCAGCCUAGAAAGUUACCGACUGCGAAGGCUGUGUGGGAUCGUCAUACGCUUAGAUUUCCGGGAUGUCACUCUGUUUCUAUUUCCUGUCACACAGAUGAGAUCUGUCAGGUUGCCUCUUGGUGGCACGGGUAUGCAAAGUGCCUCAGGUGUCAGUGAGGUCACGGUGUGCGCAGUGCGGCACACCUGUGCUUCCUCGGAACAACGCCACGUGAAGAGCGGCAGCCACUAACUGCCGCCCACGCGUCCGACGCUGAGACUCCCGUGGCGAGGUCUGCGGUCACUUGCCUCCGCAGCUGUCCGGGCCUCCCCGGCACACGUCACCGGGGCUCCACGUGACAGAGUAGACUCCACCCCGGGAAUGCGUACACGUGCUUUGUUCACGAGCAAAAAGAAACACUUAGAUGAGAGAGCGAGUGGUUUGCCCGCAGGUAGUGGUGGGUUUCACUUCACUGGUUCAGAAACGAGAAGCUGGGCGAGGCCACGCCCGGGCAUUUUAGUUCGUGCAGGAGGAGAGCUGCUCGUUGGGGCUGGUCCGCUGGUUCGCAUGAUGCUGAUUUCUAGGAAAGUCAUUCCAGUCCAUGGAUUAAUAUCUGGUAUGCGGGCACAAAUCGAAGUUUCUGUUCUCACGCAAAUAUUUUCUGUCCGGUGUCUUUGGAAGCUGGAAACGCGCACACACACAUGGGGGCGGGCAAAGCAGGCUGCAGUCGUUGCGUGGGGAACAGGACAGAACAGGACAGAACGGGACGGCAAAAACGCAGCACAGGAAUGAGCCCUGCUCCGGCGUCGCCCCCGGACGGCUGCCUUGGCCUCCCCGUGAACCCUCUGCCCAAGCCUGUGCCGGCCUUGUCCCAGGAGUCCGUUCUCGUUCCAGCUGAGACACGUCACACGGUUCCCCUUCCGGUCUGAGCCCCCACGGCCCCCACUCCACUGAGCUCCGUGUGGAGCCGCCCGGCCUUCUGCUCGUCCAGGUGCUGCUGUGACAGCACCGGGACCAGCCCAAGGAGUCACAUGUGGGUGAGGCCUCGGUCUUCAUGGAAGGCGUCCCAGAAGGCCGCCCCUUUGUCAGCCCUGGUGGGCCCCGGACACCACCUUCAGAUGCGACAGGACAACACAGCAUGGCGACCUCAUCCCACAUGUCACCUCUGACACGGAGUUUCCCAGACUGAGAGAGCAGAGCGGCACCUUUGCUGGGCCUCUCGCGCGCACGUCACUGUGUGAGAGUCGGAGCCCUGCGAGCACCAGCCCCAAAGAACAAGCCCUGCGGAGGACGUGCUCCCUGGCAAGCGCCCCCCCCCCCGCCCCCGUCACUGUGGCGGCCACGGGAGGGGCCAGAAAACGGGCAGAAACGCUGGGCUCUGGGGGGAAGCUGGCAGGGGCAGACUCCUGCCUCCUCGUGGCAAGUGCCUCUGGGUUCAUCACAGAGCGCGGACGGUGGGCGCACCCCAGUCUGACCGAGAGCAUCCCUGUGUCUCACCGGACUGUCCCCUGGCCCGGCGCCGGCUGUCACGCAGCGCCGCUUUGCUUUGUUUCCAGUGGGGGUGGGGCGUGUGCCUGCCGCCCUGGGCUGGGAGAGCUGCCGGCCAGCAGGGCAGUGUGACUCUGUGCUGUCUCAGACGCACCAGGCCCACUUCCGGAGGCGCCCCUGGCUCGUGGCGGCCGGCUCAGCCCCAGAGACGGGCACCGCCCGGGCGCAGUUUCACUGGCGGCACAGGCCAGGCCCGCGGCAGCCCUGCACCGAGCCGGCCGCCUUACCGUGAAAACAGAGGGGCCGGUAAGUCACUCUGCUUUCACCUGUGACGGUUUCCCAAGGGCCCCUGUCCCCGGAACUUGGUAAGACUCCACUAGUGACCACUCUGGCCCCUCGGGAGUGGAGCGCUCAGACCCUGGGGAUGCCCGCGGCGGGAAGGCACUGCUGCACCGGGUCUGAACGAUGCUGUCGAAAGCCAUGUAAAUAGUUGAAAAUACAAGUUUCUUACAGUUUCGGGAGAGACAACCUCCCAAACCGUCACUAGCCACUGUCAAUAUCUAUUUGUAUUCUGACACCUUUUCCAUAUAUUUGAACAAACAUAGAUUUCGGGCACUAUUUUUGUACUAGGAUAAAGGCGUCCCUGUGUAUAUUAUGUUUAGCUCUCAAGCCGUUGUACUUCAUCGUGACCGUGGUGUCUUGCCCUCCCUCUGCCGCCCUGAGCAGCAUGUUGGACACCAACCACUUCAAAGGACAUUCACGUGGGCAGCCCCGCGCAACCGGGCGGUCAGGGCACAGACCCUCACCUGCCGGUCACGAAGCACGUGUGUCUGUGCUUUGUGAAAAUAAAGAGUGGA